UGUUAUCAUGUUUGAUAGGCCAUUAAUCUAAACUUGAGCGGUUUAUAAACGCGCGCGCUAUUACCCAUGGUGCAACUGAGGCAAACAAGAUGGCGGUUCUCACGGGACUUGAACAUGACGCGGGCUGCGAUAGAAACCUUCACGUAACUUGUUGAUAUUAUAAGCCCUCCAUUGAACCCUGGCGACUCUAUAUCCUAGCGAGAUUGCCCGCGGCCCUCUGCCGUAUAAUUGAUGCAUUUUUGGUGAUGUUUUGACGCUUAUGCUAAUCAUCUUUGACCAUCAACUAAAGAACUUGCGGAUUUCGAGAAUAUUUUUACACCUUCGGUGAGUGAGAUGCUCUGUUUGGAUAACCCAAGAUGAUGACAGAGGAAGAUGAAAGCACUUUACUGAUAAUAGCCCUAUGUGAUUAUGAUCCUACCGGAAAUAGCGGCCCAGCUAUUGAUGAGGCUGUAAGCAGUGCCCCGGGGAAAGCAUUCCAGCUGCUGUUUACUCGAGGCCAAUUGUUUAAUGUUGUUGGCGGAAAGGCACUGGGCUGGUGGUUGUUUGUGCGAGGUGUUAAUGACGAGGGGUAUGUGCCUAGUACUUGUUUUGUGCCACUACAGCGGGAAAUGACCAAACAAGAACACCAGGAUUUCAUGGACAGUGGUAUUCUCCCAUCACAUAUUAUCAAGACAGACAUUGACCUUAGAUUCUUUCCUGAUGCUCCACAAGACAGGAACAUUAUGGAUAGGGACCAUUGCCCCAGGAAGACAGCAAAUAUUCUAUCAAGAUUGUUAUUUUGGUGGUUAAAUAGGCUUAUUCUUACUGGUUUCAAACGACCGCUAGAAAACACAGAUCUUUGGCAGCUUGAAGAAGCUAACAGAUCAUCUAGAAUAGUGCCAAGGCUCCAACAAGAAUGGAAGAAAGAACAAGAUAAACUCAAAAGAUCCAAAAAGCCCCAGGUUCAUGUGGAGUCAGAAGCUAUUCAUCUGAAGCUUGAGCCAGAGGAAGUGUCUUUCUCAACAACUACAAAGGCUGCAUUCUCUCAGCCUUCACUCAGAAAGGCCUUGUCUAGAGUAUUUGGAGGGUAUUUUGCUGUAAGCGUUGUUCUCAAGCUGGGAAGUGAUUCCUUGCUGUUUGUGCAACCGCAGCUAUUAAGUUUGUUGAUACAUUUCAUCGAGACUCCUAAUGAAGAAGUGUGGCGUGGCUAUGUGUACGUCGUGUGCAUGGUCAUCACUGCCAUACUCCAGUACAUACUCGCCCAGCAUUCUAUACACCAGUCCUUCAUGACGGGCAUGAAGACAGGCACCGCCCUCAUGGGGAUAGUAUAUACCAAGGCUAUGUCCCUCAGUAGCUCAUCAAGAAAGCAGUCUACAGUGGGUGAGAUUGUGAACUUAAUGGCUAUCGACUCACAACGAGUCGUCACCCUCAUAAACACCAUAAACCAGGUGUGGUCUGCCCCCAUGCAAAUAGUCACUGCUAUAUACUUCCUAUACGUGCUGAUGGGGGCCUCCAUACUCGUGGGCGUGGCAGUACUGCUACUGUUGGUUCCGCUAAAUAUCCUGGUGACACGCAUCUCUCGCAGGCUACAGGUGAAGCAACUCAAGUUUAAAGAUGAUCGUGUCAAACUUAUCAGUGAAGUUCUUAGUGGAAUUAAGGUCCUUAAGUUAUACGCCUGGGAAGAGGCAUUCAUGGAGAGGAUCAUGGGAAUCCGUAAAUCCGAGAUCCAUCAUCUCACAAACAGUCUGUACUUGAACGCUUCGGUGUCAUUCACAUUCAUAUGUGCUCCUUUCUUGGUAUCUCUGGCGACGUUCACUGUCUACGUUCUGACUGGAAACGAGUUAACAGCAACUAAAGCAUUCGUGGCCAUCUCGCUCUUUAAUAUUUUACGCUUCCCGCUAGCUGUCUUUCCAAGAAACAUCGUCAACCUUAUUCAGGCUCAAGUUUCGUUUUCGCGAUUAACAGAGUUUCUAAACAUGGAGGAAGUAGAUCCUGAAAACGUGAUACACGCAAUGCCUGCACAUGUGAGUUCUCUCGCCGUUCACGUUCAGCAUGGCUCUUUCUCCUGGCAGAGAGAUGAGCCUGCUGUACUCGACAAUAUAAACCUGGAUGUCCCCGCGGGCUCGCUUAUUGGUCUAAGUCUUGUCACUCUCAGUAUAAACCUGGAUGUCCCCGCGGGCUUGCUUAUUGAUCUAAGUCUUGUCACUCUCAUAUAA